AUGGCCUCUGCCUGCUCUUUGCGAGAUGAUUGUCAUGAGGAGGACUGGUUCGUAAUGGCGUCAUGGAGUUCGACGGUGAACCAGAUAAUCGACAAGUCGACGGAAGAGGCAACCUUCUUGUCUUCGGAUUCUCCAUGGACAAUUUUCCCACCACCCAUGGACAAUGCGAGUACGCAACCCUGGUGCUUUCAUAGCGACUGUGGAUCGACUGGUCGCUGUGAAUGUCCGGAGUGGCUCUGGAAGUCCUUGCGAUGGAUCAAGUUGAUUGUCAUUCACGCCGCUAGGAACUAUUACGCCAAGAGUGCGAUUUUGUUCAUCUUUCCGCUUGUCUUGGGCGUCGGACUGGGUUAUUUUUUUGGUCAGCAAUCGGUACGGCAGAAACAGCGACAGCUCGGAGGACUGGCUAAAAAUUCAACGAAUACGAACAGAGGCGAUUGGAAGUACUCGUUCUAUAGGUGGAUGAUUUACUUGCUUUCGGUUGGGCCGUCGGCUUCAUACGGUGCGGGAUACCCUACAGCCGGAAACAAACGCGAGGUCGUUUCCAUUGAAUUAAAUCAAGAUUCGGAGGCCUC